ACCAACCUGGCCCAGGGCGCAGGCGCGGGAAAGUUCAACUAAGAAAAGAAAGUUUAUACAAGUUCAGUGGAGGAGGUGGCGGCGGCGGGGCCCGGGACCAGCCUCAGAGAGUGGAACUACACCUCCCAGCAGGCUGCGCGGCGAACCAGUAACGGACGGAGCUCCCUCUCUCACAGGUGCCCCCAUGGCAGGCUCGGAAGAGCUGGGGCUCCGAGAGGACACGCUGAGGGUCCUAGCUGCCUUCCUAAGGCGGAGUGAGGCUGCGGGGUCUCCCAUUCCGACCCCACCCAGGAGCCCUGCCCAAGAGGAGCCAACAGACUUCCUGAGCCGCCUUCGAAGAUAUCUUCCCUGCUCCCUGGGGCGAGGAGCAGUUCCCCCUGAGUCCCCUCGGCCUUGCUCCCUGCCCCUCCGGCCAUGCUAUGGUUCAGAGCCUGGCCCAGCUACUCCAGAUUUCUAUGCCCUGGUGGCCCAGCGGCUGGAACAGCUGGUCCAAGAGCAACUGAAAUCCCCACCUAGCCCAGAAUUACAGGGUCACGCACCCACAGAGAAGGAAGCCCUGCUGCGAAAGCUGGUGGCCUUGCUGGAGGAAGAGGCAGAAGUCAUCAACCAGAAGCUGGCCUCAGACCCCGCCCUGCGGCGCAAGCUGGCCCGCCUCUCCGCCGGUUCCUUCAGCCGCCUAGUGGAGCUCUUCUCUAGCCGGGAGGGCAACCCUCGCCCAAGCCAAGCACUCCCCUCGCUGCCGUGCCCCGGGCCCCCACCGCCUUCCCCGGAGCCUCUGGCCCGCCUGGCCCUGGCCAUGGAGCUGAGCCGGCGCGUGGCCAGGCUGGGGGGCACCCUGGCCGGUCUCAGCGUAGAGCACGUGCACAGCUUUGCGCCCUGGAUCCAGGCCCACGGGGGCUGGGGGGGCAUCCUGGCAGUUUCACCUGUGGACUUGAACUUACCCCUGGACUGAGCUUUUCCUUGGAAGCUGCUACAAGAUUGGACCUCAUGUCCCUGCACUCUUUUUCCAAGCCUUCCUACUCCACUCAGGGCUGUGGGGUGGUGCCCACCCUCUCUGUUUUUGCCAAAAAAAAAAAGUUUAAAAUGUUUUGACAUUAAAAACUUUUUAAAGUA